UCAAGAAGAAGAAUCGUAGAGAGAGUCUGUCAAUUAAACAGAAAAUGGAAUCCAUUGAUGGCCACAGCGAAGCCUGCUGCAACAUCCCUCCGAUUAUUUCGAAAGGGUACCAGCACAAGGGAAAGUAUGAGACCAUUGGCGGCGGUCUGAAGACAUAUGUCACGGGUCCAGCCGAUGCCAAGACUGCCAUCCUCAUCAUCUACGACAUCUUUGGUUUCUUCCCCCAGACGCUCCAAGGCGCUGAUAUCCUAGCCACAUCGGACAAGGAACAUUCCUACCAGGUGUUCAUGCCCGACUUCUUCGAAGGGGAGCCUGCCGAUAUCGCCUGGUAUCCCCCCGAGACAGAGGAACAGAAAACAGCGCUCUAUUCAUGGUUUCCCUCUCGCACGCCCCAAACUGCCGUACCCAAGAUCCCCAAGAUCUUGAAGGAUAUCGAGGAUGUAUACGGGAAGAAGACCUGGGGUGCCGUUGGGUUUUGCUGGGGAGGCAAAGUAAUCUCCCUGGCUUCCGGCCCCGAUACGCCGUUCAAAGCAACCGUCCAGGCGCACCCAGGAAUGAUCGACCCUGCUGAUGCCGAGAAGAUCACUAUUCCUGUGUGCAUGCUAGCUUCUAAGGAUGAAUCUCUAAGUGAGGUCGAGGCAUGGGAGAAGGCCCUGAAGGUUGAGAAGCACGUGGAAGUGUUUGGCGAUCAGAUUCAUGGGUGGAUGAGCGCGAGAAGCGACUUGAAGGAUGAGAAGGUCAAGAAGGAAUAUGAACGCGGGUAUGGUAUAUUCCUGGGCUUCUUUGCCAAGUAUUUGUAGGCGUGCGUUCUUCGGGUCUUCACCUGAAAACGCAACAGUAAAAGCUAAGGAAUCAUGGGAGGACCUGUUAAUACAAGAAUAUUGAUAUUCAAGCUGCACGGUUUUCCGGAUGUGACGCUAACAAGAUUCAUUUCCUAUUUUACAGAGGUGCGCGGCCAAAAUGAAAUUCCAAUGCUACAUUUUCCCUUACCAUACACAGGAAA